GAAAAAAAAAAAGUAAAAAACCAAUGAAGAAGAAGAGAACAAAUCCGGAACCGUCCGCCUCUGGAGCAAAGAAACGCCGGCGAGAGGAAGAUGACGAAGAAGUGGGUUGUAGUCACGCUGCAGUUGAAGAUAGGGCAGUUUCUGAGGAUCAAUUUCUUCGUCUCGAUGAUGAACUCACCUUUAGCGACACAUCUGUUGCACUACGAAUGAUGCGAGCUCAGUUUCCUCGUAUUGACCAGGCUUCGGUUCCACCCUUCAUUUUACAGUCGCAGUUAUACAGUAGUGUCAAUGAUAGAACCCAAGUCGAUAGAGAGUUAGAGUGUUUACGAAGGGAGAAAGUUGUUCGUGUUUUCAAACUCAACACUGGACAAGAUGAUCAUGCAGUUAUCUUUUUGGAUGACUAUCUUAACCAGGUAGAUCGAAUAGUGAAGAGGAUGGAAGAGAAGAAACAAAGUGAUCUUGAGAUUUUCAAGUGGUUCAAAGGGCAUGUCCUUGAUUCAAAACUUGAACCUAGUAUUGGACAUCAUGAGCUAUUUUCACUGUUGUCAUUGGGCGGAAAGGUGAAGGAUGCACACAUCACUCUCUUAAUUAACGCAGGUCUUCUCACACGCCAACUUAUUGAUCCGGACAUGUACUGGUUUGCGAUUCCAAGUAUCGGUAAACUGUGGAAGGGUCUAUUGCAGGNUUGCUGGUGCUGGUUUCUCAUUAAACGGGAUUUAUAA